AUGAUAUGUAAUAUUGGAUUUUUUGCAACUGCAAGUGAUGAAGCAAAAGAGGAAAAUCAGAAAGUGGAGAAAACAGACCAAGAUUCUGAAGUAGUGAAAAAGAAUAAAAAGAUACAUGUAUACCAAAACAAAAGUACAUAUGAAGGAUCCUAUCUGUGUGGGAAAAAAUCAGGGAUGGGGAAACUAACGAAAAGGACUAAGGAGUUCUACAACGGAAAUUUCCAAAACGGAAAAAAGAAUGGAACUGGAUUUCAGAAGUAUUCUAAUGGAGACUUUUAUUAUGGAGAGUGGAAGAACAACAAGAAGAAUGGACAAGGAAUUUAUUUUUUCUCUUCCACAAGGGAAUAUUACUUCGGAGAAUGGUGCAAAGGAAGUUUACUUAGUGGAUCAUGGAUAUUUUCUAGGAACACAAAAUACGUUGGGACAUUUUUUAGGAACCUCCCUAAGUUUAAGGGAUGUUUUAUUUUUGCAGAUGAUUCUAAAAUUGUCGUCUUUUACAAACAAAUUCUUGGUAUUUCAAGCAUUGAUCAAGGGAUCCAGGACAAUUUGGAACUUAUAUGGCGAGCAGCAUAG